AAAAAUAAUCAGAACAGUCUUUUUCUUUUUUUCCCCCUGAAAUUGAAACUGGUUAAGUGUGCAGAAUUGCUUCAAAUCUGAAGUUCAUCGGGUACCCAAAUGCAUCUUUUUCAGUCUGAGGUUUAGCAGCACAAAAAUAAACAAAGACCUUACUCUACCUACCUAGCUGCUGAACCUAUUCUGAAGCCAAGGGUAACCUAGCAGUACGAGGGACUUGUUGCUUCGUUAAAUGGACAUUUGCCCUCACGGGAUGGCCCAGUUAUCCAGUAGCAAUGAAUUUAAACAGCGCUCAUCACCUUCUUUGGCAACUGCAAGGUCAAAAGACGUGGACAAAGAGGAGGCACUGCAGAUGGAAGCUGAGGCAUUAGCUAAGAUGCAGAAAGAAAGAGGUAUAGCUGGUAAUAAACAAACUUCUCGUUCUUUAAGCAGCAUUGGGCAAAAAGCACAGACACAUAGCAAACAGGACCAUGAUCUCAUGGUGUUUCCUGAGUCUGAUGCCAAGAGAAUGAAAGAUAAACUAAGUACCAUUGACAUAGAGAAGCUUACUCAUGCUGAACUGGAGAAACUGCUGCUGGAUGACAGUUUUGAAUCUAGUAAAGUACCUGCGUUACCAGUAACUCCUAUUUUGAGCCCAUCUCUGUCUUCACAAUUUUAUAUUGGGCCCACUGGUCAGACAGGACAGUGGACACCUGGGAUACCAGCACCUGUGACAUGCACUUUACCUCCUAUUUACCCCUCAGCUUCUUAUAUAAAACAAACUGGUGUAUUUCAGAAUGGAUUCCAUCCGAGUAUGUCCUCUUAUCACUCUAGAGAACCUAUUUAUUUUGGUCUUCCAAGGCAGUCGCAAUACAUUUCAUAUCCACUGGCAGCUACUACACCUUUCCAUCCACAAGGAAGCCUACCUAUAUAUCCUCCAGUACUUACACCAGAAUUGGCAAAAGUAUUUGACAAAAUUGCAAGCACCUCAGAAUUUCUGAGAAAUGGGAAAUCAAGCACAGACUUAGAGAUGACUGCUAUAAAGUCUGCAGUUUCCAGCCUACCAGCCUCAGAAAAAUGCAGAGACAUCAGUAAAUUUGACUGGUUAGAUUUGGAUCCCCUCAGUAAACCAAAAGUGGAUAGUGUGGAGACUUUGUAUAAGGCAGAGGAUCACGGAGAGCUGGCAUCAGGUAUGACAGCUGAAGAUCCGUGGGAUGCUGUGCUGUUAGAAGAGAAGCUGUUAGUAACUUGUCAUCUGGAAAGAAAAAUAAAUGGGAAAUCUUCUGGAGCAACCGUUACGAGGAGCCAGUCCUUAAACAUGCGCACAGCUCAGCUUGGGAAGUUACAAGGCCAAACAUCACAGAAAGACAAUGGGACCACUGGCACACUGACAGAAAAUGUGCUUCUCCAAGAAAUUGAAGGGCAGAAUCAAGAACUGUCAGCUUUUUCUCAAGCAGUUACAAAAUUGAGGACCAAGUUUCCUUACACCAAUCAGCAAUCAAAUCCAGGCUUUGUGCUGAGUCCAAUCAUGCUGCAAAGAAAUAUAGCUGGGGAGAGUGCCAGUAUCAAGGUUUCUAUAGAAAUCAAAGGAUUCCAGCAACCAGUAACUUUUACAUGUGAUGUGAGCUCUCCUGUUGAGCUUAUAAUAAUGCAGGCACUUUGCUGGGUGCAUGAUGACUUGAAUGAAGUGGACAUUGGCAGCUAUUUCCUUAAAGUCUGUGGCCAAGAAGAAGUUUUACAGAAUAAGCACUGCGUAGGAAGCCAUGAAUACAUUCAGAACUGUCGGAAAUGGGAUACAGAAAUUAAAUUGCAGCUUGUGACCCAUACUGAAAUUUGCAGAGGUCUGGCACGAACAGAAGAAGAUGACAGAACACCCAUAGACCUCACCAAACACCUCUACAAAGUAGAAAAGCCUUUCAGAGAACCUAAUAUAAGAUCUUCUAUUGAAGAGCUUCUUGAUAUCUAUCAUAAGCAAACUGAAAUAGCUCUGAAAAAUGAGAACCAACAUAAAGCAGUUGAUCACUUGAUUAAGACUGUCAGAAAAAUCUGUUCAACAUUGGAUGGUGUAGAAACUCCUGCAAUAACAGAAUCUGUAAAGAAGCUGCGAAGGGCUGUUAAUCUUCCAAGGAUUAAAGACACAGAGGUAUCCCUGAAAUGUGGCGAUGAUUCUAGCAAGAGCGCAUCUGGCUCGCUGCAGCCUGAAAGUCCUCUGAAAGUGAAUAUAGACCUGCUGACAAGAGCAGUUGAGGCCCUUCUGCGACUCCACAUGAAUUCAUGUAGCAGCAGUUCUGCAGCAGUUUCUCCAAAAGAUAAGACUACCAAGGAAGCGUGGACUGCCACAGAACAUCUCCAGUUCACAAUAUUUGCUGCACAUAGAAUUUUUCCUGAUUGGGUAUCCAAUUUUGAAAAAUACUACUUGAUUUGUUCUUUGACCCAUAAUGGAAAAGAUCUCUUCAAACCUGUUCAGUCCAAGAAGGCUGGUGCAUACAAGAACUUCUUCUACUUGAUUAAAUGGGAUGAACUGUAAGUGACUUUAGAAUAC